AUGCUCUUGUUCCUCUUCUUGUUUGGUCUGGCUCUGGGUGCCAAGUCUCCUUCAGGUGACCAGGAAAUAAAGCUACAGCAUGUGUUGGCCAUUCUACGUGGUAACUGUCCCCCGUUCUGGUACAGCUUCAACGGCCGCUGCUACAAGUACAUCUCCACACAUAUGACCUGGGCUGAUGCAGAGCUCUACUGUGUGUCAGAGAAGGCCAACCUGGUGGCUAUCCACAGUCAGGAAGAAAACAAUUUCAUCCAAUCCCUGAUCAGGAACUUUGAUCCUGCUCAGGGAAACACUUGGAUCGGACUCAGUGACAUCCACAAAGAAGGAAGAUGGAUGUGGUCUGAUGGAUCUGCAGUCAACUUUGUCUUUUGGAACAAAGGAGAGCCAAGCAACCAUGGAGGAAAGGAACACUGUACCCACAACUUUGGCAGUGCGUCAAAAUGGAAUGACGCUCCUUGUUCUCAUAAAUACUCUUUUGUUUGUGUGUCUCGCACUUAAGAUAUGAGAAGGUUAUGUCUGAUUCAACCUGACGACUUUCCAUCUGUUGUUCCAAUAAUUAAUAAGGAACACAAAUGUACUGUAUACAUUCUUUUAUGUGUAAAUAAGUCAUUUCACUAAUCUUCAUUUUUUAUGAACUCUGGACACAAACCAGUUAAAACCAGCGAUUGGUCAAUUGAAAAAUAUCCUCAUCUUUUUAAUGAGCUUAAAAUGUUUUUUUCCUCAUUGAAUCAUACCAAAAAUGUAUUAUUGGCAGAAUUAGAACUAAGUGUUGUUUAAAUUAUAUGUGUUUUUGUAUCAUUUGACUAGCUGUUCAUACUCUUCUGUGGUUAGAUGAAUAAAAGAACAGUACAUAUUUUAUUGCUGAUUCUGUCAUAAA